UUAAAUAGGCCAGGAGCAAAUCAUUUAGAGCAAGAACGGUGGAAUGGAAAGUGCCUUGGAUCCCAAACCAAUCCUAAACCUAGAUCUGUGUUCGAAUCCCAGCACUACGCCCUUACUUAUGCCAUCUUUUUCAUCUUAGUUUCCUCAUUAAUAUCAUUUAAUUCGCACAAUUAGAAUGAGGAGUAAUAUAACGAAUGAAAAGUGCUUGGGCUACAAUAGGACUUAGUAAAUGCUACUGUACUCUCCUCUCACCACCUUCUGGUUUCAGUCUACUCUGGAGUAAAAUGAGGACGACCCGUGCUCAGAGAUCAGGACAGAGUAGAUGGCUGGCAGCUGAAUCGUGGAGGCUGGCUUAAACUAGGAAGUCAUGGAAAGGAUCCUAAAGCAGAAAAAUGCUGGCAGCUAGGAGGCCUGAAGCGCCUCUCGGGCGCAUUGACUUUGAACUUUAAGGACGCAUGCGCGCGCGUCGCCGCUUAGCGCAGCCCUGUUGUUUCCACAAUGCCUCCUGGAGAAAGAACAAGGAAGGAUGAAGGGGAGGCCUGGCUGAGCUGUCAUCCCCCAGGGAAACCGUCUUUGUAUGGCAGCCUAACUUGUCAAGGAAUUGGCCUAGAUGGCAUUCCAGAGGUUACAGCUUCAGAAGGAUUUAUUGUGAAUGAAAUAAGCAAGAAAAGCAUUCAUAUUUCAUGUCCAAAGGAAAGUACAUCUUCUAAGUUUUUGGCACCAUAUACUACUUUUUCCAGAAUUCAUACAAAGAGUAUAACAUGCCUGGACAUUUCCAGUGGAGGAGGUCUUGGUGUGUCUUCUAGUACUGAUGGAACCAUGAAAAUCUGGCAGGCUUCCAAUGGAGAACUCAGAAGAGUAUUGGAAGGACAUGUGUUUGAUGUGAAUUGUUGCAGGUUUUUCCCCUCAGGCCUUGUGGUUCUGAGUGGGGGAAUGGAUGCCCAGCUGAAGAUAUGGUCAGCUGAAGAUGCUAGCUGCGUGGUGACCUUCAAAGGUCACAAAGGAGGUAUCCUGGAUACAGCCAUCGUUGAUCGGGGGAGGAAUGUGGUAUCUGGUUCUCGAGAUGGGACGGCACGACUUUGGGAUUGUGGGCGCUCAGCCUGCUUGGGAGUCCUUGCAGACUGUGGCUCUUCCAUCAAUGGAGUGGCAGUGGGUGCUGCUGACAACUCCAUAAACCUUGGCUCUCCUGAGCAGAUGCCCAGUGAACGGGAGGUUGGAACAGAGGCAAAAAUGCUGCUGUUGGCCCGGGAAGAUAAGAAACUUCAGUGCUUGGGACUACAGAGCAGGCAGCCGGUGUUCCUCUUUAUUGGCUCAGAUGCUUUCAACUGCUGUACUUUUCUCUCUGGCUUCUUGCUAUUGGCUGGGACUCAAGAUGGAAACAUUUAUCAGCUGGAUGUGAGGAGUCCAAGGGCUCCAGUACAAAUCAUCCACAGAUCAGGAGCACCAGUCCUGUCCCUGCUAAGUUUCAGAGAUGGAUUCAUUGCUAGCCAAGGUGAUGGAAGCUGUUUUAUUGUCCAGCAGGACUUAGACUAUGUCAUUGAGCUCACUGGGGCUGACUGUGACCCUGUGUACAAGGUAGCCACAUGGGAGAAACAGAUCUACUCAUGCUGUCGAGACAGUCUUGUACGACGCUACCAGCUUUCUGACCUCUGAACUCUUGGAAAGAGCAGUCCCAGUUAGUGAAAACGUUUGACCCUGAUCAACAGUGAGCAGAAACAUCAUCAGUCCUAAUGUCUUGGGCACCCCUUGGAAAUCACAGAAAGUCAGCUAUACUGGCUGUAUGGAACUCAUCCCAGGACCUACUUUGAACUGAGUAAGAAGCUCACCUGUGCCCACUGCAUUUGUCCCAACUUCUCCUUGUAUAAACUCACCCCAGCAACCAACACAGGGCAAGGAUAUAGAUGCUUCUAGUUUGUUCUCAAACCAAUUGUGUUAAUUGUUUACGGGACCUCAGUACUAAAGCCUGUUUUCUGGAGGAAAUAAAGAAAAUAUGUUUGGAAGUGCCUGAAUA